AUGCAUUGUCUCUUCUUAUUGUUGGCAAUAGGGCUUGUUCAUGGUCAUCAAACCAUGAACCCCGAUACCCAUUCUGACCGCUUCACCAUCCAAUUCAAAUCCUCUCUUGAUGACCCACUACUACUGUACAAAGACCAUGAUCGCUUUCUGAACUAUUUGCAAUCCCAAGAUAUGAUGCACCAUGUACGUGUCCGUUACAAUUACUCUAGUGUUAUCAAUGGUAUGUCUAUUCAGCUCGUACAACCCGACCUGACCGCAGCAAGUGCCAAGGACCCUAUUGACUGGCAUACCACCUUGGCCAAUUGCCCUUAUAUCCUACGUUACUGGUCCGGAAAGACCUACCAAAGACCCAAGACGAUCAAGGAGAUCCCCCUUAUGCACUCGGAAACGUUUCAACAAGAUGUCCUCGAUGCUUAUUUCGGAAACAGUUCUGUUGUGCCAUUGACUGUCGAUGGUGGAAAAGCCAAUUUACAGGACGCGCAUAUCUUGACGACUGCGGAUAGAGCACAUCAAAAGGGUUGGACUGGUAAAGGAGUGAAAGUUGGUAUCAUUGAUACUGGCAUUGAUUAUACUCAUCCUGCCUUGGGUGGUUGUUUCGGGGAUGGUUGCUUGGUUGCCUAUGGACAUGAUCUUGUAGGUGAUGCGUAUGGUCAAGCAAGCAAACGAAACCAGACAAUGACCCAUUGGGAUCAAUGUGAUGGUCACGGGACUCAUGUCGCUGGUAUUGUCGCUGCCAAUGAUACGCUCAAGGGUUUUCAAGGUGUCUCGGUUGGUGUAACUCUAGGUGCCUACAGAGUGUUUGGGUGUAAUGGGGAUACAGAUGACGACAUUAUUAUUGCAGCAGCUGAGAUGGCUGUGAAAGCGGGCAUGAAUGUCAUCAAUUUAUCCUUGGGAGGUGGUUAUAGCGCUUGGCAAGAGGAUCCGCUUGCUGUGGCUCUAUCGAAUAUAGCAGGAAAAAACAUCGUGGUUGUUGUAGCUCAAGGAAACGAGGGAACUGAUGGCAUUGCUCGAACUCCUUCACCCGCUAUAGGAAAAGGUUUGAUUUCAGUAGGAUCCAUUGAUAAUGAAGAGAAGUUAAGUCAAGUCAUUCAAUCUUCAGAUAAUGGCAUCUACGAAUAUCAAUUGACUGGAGGAAAUACCUUUACGGAAGACAGUGAUCCGUUGGUUCUAACGACCUUGAGUAGCACUGCUUGUGAACCUCUUAUCGGUCAGAACUUGACAGGUCAAGUCGUUAUGCUUCAAAGAGGUGCCUGUGAUGACCGUGUAAUGGCAGACAUGGUUUAUAAAGCAGGUGGCGCUGGUAUCUUGAUUUAUAAUAACGACACGGAUAUUUCAGAUAGCACACAAAACUACGAUACACCCAUUCCAGUAGCCGCUUUGGACUUUGAACGAGGUUCGGACCUGAUGAACAUGUUAUCCUUGUAUCAUCAAGAAGCGCCCUUUACUAUUCAAUUUACUGCUAAAUUGGUCAAAGUCAAAUCAUCCGGUCGUGCUUCAGCAUUUUCUACUUGGGGACCUGAUGCAGAGCUUCAUUUUAAACCCGAGAUUUUAGCAGUAGGUGGGUUUGUCUUUUCGACCUAUCCGGUGAGUAUGGGAGCCUAUGCGACCAUGAGCGGAACAAGCAUGGCUACGCCUUAUUUAGUAGGAUGCAUUGCCUUAUUGAUGGAAGCGACCGGCAUACGUGAUACCGCCACAGUUUUAAUGAAACUAGCUAAUUAUGCAAAGCCAAUUACAGCCAUGACAAUGAAUAGAGGAGAGGUUUUAGAAUCACCCAUUAAACAAGGAUCGGGAUUAGUACAGAUUUAUGAUGCGAUUUAUGGUCAAAGUCUAGUCUCGCCUAGUACGAUUUCUUUAAAUGACACAGAGUUCUUUACAAAACGAAUUCCUUUGGACCUGGCUAACCUCUCGAAUAAUUCGAGAAUCUUUUCAUUCAAUUUUGUCACUGCUGUCGGUAUCAAUGGAUACAACUUUUCAGAAAGUGCUGUACCGUUAUUAACACCGAGAUACUAUAUUGCUCACACGAAUGUCACCUUUGAACAGACAUCCUUAGAAUUAGGACCUUAUGAGUCUGCACAAAUCGAGGUGGAGUUUGGGCAACCCAUGAUGAACGUUCAGCACUUGAUUCAUGGUGGAUUUCUUAAGGUGGCUGCGGGGAAUGAUAUCACCCAUGUGCCGUUUUUUGGUUCGUUAGGAAAUCAAAAGGAUCUACCCAUUUUCGAUAGAGCGGCGGGGUAUCCUUACAUUGCGGAUAAUAUGGGCGUUAAAUCUACCGAAGACUCAAAGACUGAAUUCAAUCUGGCGUACGAUGCAGUGACAGUAUUCACACGCAUUGGUAACCCUACAUCGCAUAUUCAAUACCUCGUUUUGAAUGGUACAACAAACGAGGUCUUGGGAGAGAUUCCGUUAGGAUCCAACUCAUAUAUUUCCAGAAAUGAUCAUUCGCCCGAAAAUUUCGAUUACAUUUUGGGCUGGCGAGGUGGCAUAAUUCCUAUUAAUACAUCAUUGGAUGGGCCUCAGGUCUUGAUCUCUGUACCACCCACUCAUCCCAGACCCAUCUCGAUCAAUGUCCAUGGAAACGAUGCCUUGAAUAUUAAGCAGAGUAUCAAGGCAACUCAGGAUCGUGUACCCGUUGGUAGUUAUCGUAUUCGUGCCAAGGUCUUGAAAAUUUUUGGUGAGGCAAGAAGGGCAAAGGAUUGGGAAACUUGGGAUUCUCCCUUGUUUAAGAUUAUAGGAUAG